AUGCCACCAUCUUUGCCCGACUUUUCACUUCAAUCUUCCGAUGGGAAAAGCGAAGAAUGGAUCAAUCUCCGACUGCGAGAUGUAUCAAAACUUGACAAGAAUAAUAAAAUCGCUUUAUCUUCCCAAAAUGUCGAUAUGUUCGUGGGCGAUAAAUUCUUCCGAACCGUUGAGCCGAAUUGUUUUGACCCGAUAGUUCGCAUGGAGGAAAUGGAUGCUACAGGCGUGAACCUUCAGGUGAUCAGUACAGUGCCUAUUCUAUUUUCAUACGACAAGCCUGUUAAACCGGCUACAUUGUUAGUCCGCCACCUGAAUGACCAUAUUGCGUCGGUCUGCCACGAAUAUCCCAAGCGUUUCGUGGGACUCGCAACUGUUCCAUUGCAGGAUAUUGAAGCGUCAGUGGCUGAGCUAAAACGCGCAAAAUUUGAUCUUGGAUUGAAGGGAGUGGAGAUUGGUACAGAGAUUAAUGGAAAGCCGUUGGACUCUCCAGAAUUUGACACAUUUUGGAGUGCCUGUGAGGAAUUGGACAUGCCGAUCUUCAUUCAUCCCUUGGGCUAUGAACUGGAAAGGGAGAAUAAGAGCCGGUGGGGUAGCUAUUGGUCUGCUUGGCUAAUAGGAAUGCCUAGCGAGACUGCACUCGCCAUUCACGCAAUUCUCUCAUCGGGCGUCCUCGUGCGACACCCUAAGCUUCGACUAUGUUUUGCACAUGCCGGUGGUGCUUACUCGCGCAUAGUUCUCAAGGAGUAUCCCCCCCAGAGCUAUCUUCAGUCCCACCAACAUAAUAUUUGGCUGGAUAGUCUGGUACAUGAUCCGGACCUCCUGAAGCUGAUCUGCAAUAAGAUAGGACCAGACAGGAUUAUCAUGGGCAGUGAUUAUCCUUUCCCACUUGGUGAAAUGCCUAUUCCAGGUGAAAUGUUGAGAAAUGACAAGCUGGUGGGCGAAAUGUUCUCGCAGGAGACGCGGGCGCGUAUGCUCUCCGGAAACGCGAUCGAAUUUUUGGGGCUGCACAACAUGUUCAAAAGCAAGGAAUAG